GGCUCGGCGGCGAAGCAGCGAGCAGCAGCGCUGGCAGCGGCGGCGAGGGACCGCCUGUUGGGUCGAAGGCGCUCCCUGGGGUCUUCCCCGAUGUCAACCCGGCGUGCAUCGCCGCGGGACAGACGGAGUCAGGCAGGACGGCAGCACCGGCUGGCGCACAAGCAGCAGGGGCAGCACAAGGCGCAGCAGCGCGUGCGGGGAAGCCGGUCACAGCAGCGGAUCGAGGCGCGGCAAGGCACGUCGUCCGCGCAGCUCACCACUUCCUCGCAGCCUCUCUCGGGGGUUACCACGCUGAGGCUACCCCUUACGACGCCGUGCGACGACGACGACAAGGCGCAGCUGCCGUGCGAGUCGGUCGCAGCACUCCCAGCGAUGCCGUACGAGAGAGCCGCGGGUGGCGCGAGCGAAGCGGGCGUGGCGAGCUGCAGGAGCGACAGCGAAAGCAGUAGCAGCAACGGCGGCGGUGGCGGCGGUGGCGCGUCCAUCGGCCGUGUUCACGACGUCGUGGGCAGCGAGCGGGGCAGCAGCGCCCGCGCGGACGACGCCAGUCGGUCGUUCAGCGGUAGGAAGAGGCCCGCGGGGGAAGGCGCUUCACCAGCGGAGCGGGCGGCAGACGAAGCGCACAUCUGCCGAGAGCGGGCGCGCGGAGAGCCGUCGUGUGUGCAGGCGGAAGCGCACAUGGGCGGUAACGUUGCGAGGGGCGAGGAGGAGCGCCGUGGGGAUGCGAGUCGCGGCAAGGCGAUGGCCGUCGAUGACGCGUUGACGAUGACGAGAGGCGCGGCGUCUGCUGCGAGCCACGGCCCCUCCGACCUCACCAAGCAACCCGUGCGAGAGCCUCAAGGCGUCCGGGGGCCGUCACCGCCAGCCGAUGCGCUACCCAGCACCAGCACUGCCGUCCCAGCACCCCUCCCCGCCGUUCUGCCAGGGCAAGCCGUCUCAUUGCCGCAGCAGGCGAGCAGAGCGGCCCCGGGGAAAGGGGGACAUCGAGGGACGACGGUGCGGGACAUCGACUCGUCGUCGGAUCCGCAGCUGUGCGGGCGAUACGUGGCGGACAUCUAUGGCCACCUCCGCGCCGCCGAGCAGCGCAGCCAGCCGCGCGCGGACUACAUGGAGGCGGUGCAGAAGGACGUGAACAGCGGCAUGCGCACCAUCCUCGUCGACUGGCUCGUUGAGGUGGCAGAGGAGUACAAGCUGGUACCGGAUACGCUCUACCUCACGUGCGCCUACCUGGACAGCUACCUCUCCGCCCACACUGUGCCACGCAGCCAGCUGCAGCUGCUCGGCAUCUCCUGCAUGCUCAUCGCCUCCAAAUUUGAGGAGAUCUAUGCGCCACAGGUGGACGAGUUCUGCUACAUCACCGACAACACGUACACCCGCCUCGAGGUGUUGCAGAUGGAGAGCCGAGUGCUGAACCAUCUGGCGUUCGACCUGAGCAAGCCCACCAUCAAGAGCUUCCUCAGGAGGUACAUUCGAGUUGCCCAAGCCAGCCUCAAGGACCCCUCGCUCAAGCUGGAGUUUCUGAGCAAUUUCUUCUCGGAGCUAGCCCUCACAGACUACUCCUGCCUGCGCUUCAAGCCCUCGUGCCUUGCUGCCUCCGCCGUCCUCCUCGCCAAGCUCACUCUCUUCCCAACCCUGCCUCCCUGGACCGCUGCUCUGGCGGCUUGUUCGGGGUAUGCGUGUGCUGACCUGCGGGAGUGUGUAGCAUGCCUGCAUGCACUGCAUUCCUCCAACGGACGCGCACCGCCCACUGCCGUGCACCAGAAGUAUUGUCAGGCCAAGUUCAUGGCUGUCGCCUCCAUCCCCCUGCCCGCACUACCACCGGAGCCCCACUCCUCACGUCACUCCCCAGCCCACUAG